UCGAAGCGGCAGAUGGAGGGAGGGAAACAUUUAUAUGUACCCUUCCCCGCCAUUUACAAAUAUAUUUCACCCUCUCAGAUACUCUGAAAUUCUCCAUCUUCUUCAAUGGUGAGGUCUAGAACCGCUGCAAACCCCUCCGCACCUACAGAUACCGAACCGGAAAAUCCCUAUAACCUCGAAGUCAUCUCAAUCGGCUCACUCUACAAUGGACCAUGGGUCAAGAAGUACUGGAGCAGUUCUAGGGGAAAAGGUCGAUAUCCAUAUCCCGUUGGCUACCAAGUUGCUAGAGCUCACAAUGGGACCACUAUUAACAUGGAAAUUCUCGAGGGCGUUAACGGGCCUAAAUUUUUGAUUUCUUCUUCUGAUGGGAAUUCAGCUUCUGGGAAAACUCCACAAUUUGCUUGGCUGGAAUUUCAGAAGAAAGAACGCACCCGCAUCAAGAUUUUGCAUCGCAACAGACUUUCCCCUAAAAUGGAUGCCUUAGAGCUUUUUGGAUUCAAAAACCAGAUUAUUCUGAGGCUGCUUCGCCGACUAGUGGCAGAUAUACAUAGAGUAGCUGAACAAAGCCCAAGUUUGCUGCUGAAAGCAGAAGAUGACAAAGUGACGCAGUCACGUUCUAAAGAGUCUCAGGGCUGUAUUGACAUUGAUCUUUGGGCUCCCGAUACACAAGAUUUACAAGAAAAAAUCUCUGAUUCUGUUCCAAGUAAUCUGGCUAAGAAUAAUGACAGUGAACCAACAUGUGAGGCCGUCUCUGAAGAUUUGUUAAAUUCAAAACAUGAGGAAGUGCUAAAGUCUGAUUCAAAUAUAAGCCUGGAGAAAGAUUAUUUUAAUUCAGCUGGCAAGGAUGUGGCAAAGUCAAUGAUGUCACUUCUGCUUCCUCAAGCAGUUCCCUUACUAAUGAAUAACUCAACAGAUGAGAAGUUCACACUUAUACCUUUAGAUAUACUGCCUUCUAAAGAAGAACAGAAUGAAGUUGGAUGUGUUUUGGAUGUACCAUCAUCUGAUAAAAUGGUAACAGAGGAUGCAUAUGAGGAACAAAAUGGAAAGGUACAUAAGCCAGAUGCUCACCUACUUUCAAAUUCUUCUAAUACUGUUCACAUGAAGUCUACUGUCCUUGAUAGUUUUGAGUAUAGUCAAUGCGAGGGUCUCAAAAACUCAGAAGUCUUGUCUUUUGAUAUUGCGGAAGUUGGUAGAUCUAGUUUCAGUAAAGAAAUGUGUUGUGUGAAAAGUCAAGAACAGCUUUGUGGUGAUUUGCCGAAAGGACCAUCCUCAUGCUGUGCUUCAGAGGUGGACUUUAAAAACAGGCCUCAUGAUUAUGAUUUAUGUAUUCCUGAUUCUGUUCUGGAUGACAUGUCUCCUCCUGAUGUAUGUGUUCCUGAUUCUGAUCUGGACGACAAGUCUCCUCCCGGUGUAUGUGUUCCUGAUUCUGAUCUGGACGACAUGUCUCCUCCCGGUGUAUGUGUUCCUGAUUCUGAUCUGGACGACACGUCUCCUCCCGAUGUAUGUGUUCCUGAUUCUGAUCUGGACGAGUCUCCAGCACAUGAUAGUUUCAAGUCAGUGCAAAAUGACCUUCCAGUUGCUCAGGAUUUUACUGGAGAAAAGAUGCAAGAUGAAGCUGUUGGUAAAAUAGGCAAUGCUAAAACAUUGGCGAUAUCUUCUUCUCAGUCACCAAAUUUCGUAUACACCAGAAGAAAGAGGCAAAAUUCUGUUACCCUCCAAAGAAAUUAUUCCGCCAUGGAGAGUACAGAAUGUGACAAGACUGAACUAGUUACUACUCCUCAAAUGCAUACUGCCCACGACAGUGUCCCUCCAUCAAAAACCAUUCAAGCAAAAAAUGAUAAACUAUGCAAACCAGAUGAUUCUGCAGGAUUGAUAUUAGAAAAACCUGAAGUUCAUAGUGACGUUCCAGAUGUACAAAACAACCCAGCAGAACUAAACCUUUCUUCUCAAAAUCCAAACCCGUUUUCCUGUGAAAAUAAGUGCUCUGGUGGCAAGGAGGCUCAAUUUAUUUCAGAACCAAUGGUCCAAAGAAGUCAGAAACUCAAGAAUAAUCUGAAUGGCAAUGUAAAGUUUGUGGGGCGCUACAUGCACCCAAUGCCUGUUUCAUCAUUACUUUUAAAAACAGUUGAAGAUGAAAUCCACGUUUGUGUUUUAUGCGGCCUUCUGACAGAUCAGCACAGAACUCUGUUUACCUACAAGGUAGCUAUCAAGGAACUAAAUUUCGGUUGCCCCUCUGUCAUGGCUCACACCCCGAUAAUGUUGCCAGAUCCAUAUAACUUCAUGAGAGAAACUAUGGUGGAAAGGACUGGGGUGGAGUUGACUCCUGAUGGACAGUUUAUUGUCUUAAUAGGCAGCAUAAAAACCCCCAAUUGCAGGGAAAGAAAAAUUGAUUGUUGUUGCUCAACAUGCACUUCAAUCUGCUCGAAGAAGAAUGGUUUGAAGAUUGUUCAUGUAGAAAGUGGUUAUGUAUCAGUUGUGGCAACACUGGAAGCUGUUGAAGACUUGCAUUGUAUUUUGGUUUGUGAACCUAACCGACUUGUUUCUGUUGGAGGGAGUGGGAGUGUACAAGUGUGGGUCAUGAAUUCAACAUGGAGUGAAAAGAUAGAGUACUUCAUCCUUCCGUCUGUUGGUUCCAUGUCCCCUGGCAUUGUGGAAUUGAAGAGGGUCCCCAAGUGUGCUCAUUUGGUUGUAGGUCGAAACGUUUAUGGGGAUUUUAGUUUAUGGGAUAUUACAAAACUCAAUUGUGUUUCAAGCUUCUCUGCUUCAAAAUAUCCAAUUAAUGAGUUCUUUCCAAUAAGCUUGUUCCAUUUGCAAACAAAAGGCUUGGGAUUGAGCUAUGCUAGCAUGGAGGAGAUGGCUGAAAAACUUUUAGAAGCAUCCAAUUUCUGGCACUCGAAGCAAAGAGAGACCUGCGUGUAUCUCCCAACCGAAGAUAUUGCCAUGUGGUUUCUUGUCUCGACUCCCUCGGACUUUGAUUGUUGCCAGGAUCAUGUUUCAACUUCAAUUCAUCAUGAUGUACAUACAGCUAGAAGUUGGAGGCUUGCUCUUUUGAUGGAAAAUAGCAUUGCUUUUGGAAGUCCCUUGGAUCCUAGGACAACUGGUGUUGGUGUCUCUGGUGGUUACGGAAUCAUGAGCACAAGUGAUGGUGUGGUAUAUAUGUGGGAUUUGUCUAGAGGGUCCAAGCUUGAUACUCUGCACCAUUUCCAGGAUGACACUAUCACAAGUAUUGUUACGGAUGAUUUGAAUUCAAAUUCAACAAGUGUUAUGGGUGUCGCUGGGGGAGGAGGCCAACUGCUGCUUUAUUUACAUCUUCGUGAUCGGGACUCAAAUGAGUAGAGACAAUGCACAGGCACAGAGAUGGAGUCUGAUGCAGUGGUGAUGUGUUUUCAUCAUCAAACACAGCGGUUUGAAUCUAGUUUGUACAAAAAUACAAUUGAAAGCCUAAAUUGUUGUAAAAAUGUUUUGAUCCAAUGAAAUAUAAUUACAUAGAUAACACGACUUCCCUUUUCUCCGGCCCGGCUUUGAUAACUCUGAAAAUAAGCUGUUGUAAAUAUAUAUAUUUAUAUCAACAACCAAACUUUAUCCUAUUGGUUACAUGAAUCAAAUUAUCUCAUAAUGUAAUGUUGAAUUUGUAAAUUUUGAUAUAUUUCUUAAUAGUUUCUCUUAUAAUUU